CAUAGAAAAGUGACGUCAUUAGUGCUGCUGGCAGAAUAGUAGUCCAGGCGACGUACGUAGAGAAUAAAAGAUUGAACACCAUGCCUUUUGACUUUAUUCUUGAUUCUUAGCAAAGGUGGGUGACUUUACUGGCUGGACAAAUGGGUCAAAUUCGAUCAACUGCGAUUCGUCCCAGAGAAACGCCAAACUGUUGAGGACUAUUUUCUUCAGUAYUCGAGAAGAUUUGACACAACAGCGAUUUUCGCUCAUGCAUGAGUCUUUUGAUGGAAGAUUCCAUAUAAUUUCUUAUUCGACUCAAACAGGCCAGACAAACAAAAACAGUAUAAGCUUUCCAUUUCUAUAUGAGGAACAUUUCAGUUUUGUGAAAUGCCAGUAACCUAGGCAAAACCGGUUGAGGUACUGCCCGGUAAGAGGAUAGAACUCUCGUCGUUUACCUUUACGAAAAGAAAAAAAGGCCACCAAGUUGAAGAAUUAAGGUGUCAGAAUCUCAAGAACGAGACUGAAGAAUGGCAGCCAGUUUGUCAGCGGAGGAAGAACAGGCUACCAAGGAGUUUCUGGAGGAAAUCAACAAGUGGACCACUCAGCAUGGAGUGUCCCCCCUGUCCUGGGAAGUGGCCGUCAAGUUCCUCAUGGCGCGCAAGUUCGACGUGCUCAGGGCCAUCGAGCUCUUCCACAGCUACAGGGAGACCCGUCUGAAAGAGGGCAUUGUCAAACUACAGCCCCAGGAGGAACCUCUGCGCUCAGAACUGCUCAGUGGAAAGUUCACUGUGCUGAGUGUGCGAGACCCUUCAGGCGCCUCCAUAGCCUUGUACACGGCCAAGCUCCACCACCCCAACAAGACAGGCAACCAUGUUGUCCUGCAAGCUCUUUUCUACCUCCUGGACCAGGCUGUGGAGAGCUUUGAAACUCAAAGAAACGGCCUGGUGUUCAUUUACGACAUGGCGGGCUCCAACUACACCAACUUUGAGCUGGACCUCAGCAAGAAGAUCCUCAACUUACUCAAGGGGGCGUUCCCUGCCAGGCUGAAGAAAGUGUUGAUAGUGGGCGCCCCUGUCUGGUUCCGCGUGCCCUACAACCUGCUGAGCCUGCUGCUUAAGGAGAAACUCAGGGAGAGGGUCCAGAUGGUCAAAAUGUCUGACCUCUGCCAGCACCUCCCACGGGACUGUCUCCCUGAGCACCUGGGGGGGCUGUUGCCCCUGGAUGCCCACGGCUGGAACCAGCAGCUUCUGGCUGGGCAGAACGGCCGUGUGGACCCCGUGGAUGAGCUGGUUGGCAUCCCCCUGGAGGACUCGUCAGUCCACAACCCUGGGCCUGAGGCCAUGCGUCUGCCUGAGCUCAUGGCCCACCUGGGUAGUCUCCAGCGCUCAGGCAUCCACCUGGAGUACGAGGAAAUCCGCAAGGAGCAACCACCUGGGACAUUCCAUUGUGCCCUUACUGCAUACAACCAGGAGAGGAAUCGCUAUGGGGAUGUCCUGUGUCUUGACCAAACAAGAGUUCACCUGAAAACCAGAAGAAACGAGAGAUCGGAUUACAUCAACGCCAGCUUCAUGGACGGCUACAAACAGAAGAAUGCGUACAUCGGUACUCAAGGACCACUGGAGAAAACCUAUGGGGAUUUCUGGAGGAUGGUCUGGGAGCAAAACGUGCUAGUCAUUGUCAUGACAACAAGGGCGGACGAGGGAGGUCGGAAGAAGUGUGGUCAGUACUGGCCUYUGGAGGAAGGCGGCCAGGAGGUGUACGGUCACAUGGCUGUGGUCAACCAGAGGGUGGACAAUCACUCCCACUACAACCAGACCACCCUGGAGCUGCACAACAUGGAGAAUUGUGAGCAGAGGCAGGUGACCCACUUCCAGUACCUGAGCUGGCCCGACUACGGCGUCCCCACCUCGGCCGUGACGCUCAUUGACUUUCUGGGGGCCGUCAAGAGGCAGCAGAGGCGGUCAGUGAAGGCCAUGGGGCCCCAGUGGAGGGGCCACCCCUUGGGACCCCCCAUGGUGGUUCACUGCAGUGCUGGCAUCGGCAGAACAGGUACCUUCUGUGCCCUGGACAUCUGUCUGUCCCAGCUGCAGGAUGUGGGGACGCUCAACGUGUGUCAGACGGUGCGGCGGAUGAGAACGCAGAGGGCCUUCACCAUCCAGACCCCAGACCAGUACUACUUCUGCCACAACGCCAUCCUGGAGCACGCUCAGAGACAGGGCCUGCUCUCAGCCAAUCAGUGAUGCCUGGGGGUCGCCUCGUAUUUCUCACAGCCAAUCUGUGAUGCCCUGGGUGUUGUCGUAGCCUAUCAGUGACCCUUCUCGCAACCAAUCUGUGAAUGCAGGGGACACUUUGUAGCCAAUCAGCAUGCCCACUUCUAGCGAAUGCCAUCACUUCUUCCCUUUUUAAGAGGCCUUUAAGACCAACUCAUUCCUCCUUCUGACUCUGCCACUUCUGACAGAGCCACAGUUGUGAUGAAAAAUGUUACAUAGAUAGUAAGACAUAAUAACAUACAAGACACAGCAACCUGGCAACAAAUGUUGUCAGUUUUGUGUCUUCUGAGGAAGAUUUUGAAUCAUUACGUGGCUGUUAUCUGUGUUUAUGCGAGUCUGUCGUUAGUGUUGUGACAUACUGCACACAUCAUUCGCUUUGGUGUCUUGUGUGAUCCAGAUACUUAGCAGUAACCGAUGACAUGAACUUUGCGUUCAAYAUCCUUUUUAACAACCUGCCACAUCUGUGACCAGUUCAGUGACCUUUGAGAAGGCAUUUUCUCUUGCUCUCUCCCUCUCUCUCUCCAUCCUCUACCCGUGAAAGCAAAGAAGAAUGGUAUUGGAGAAGAAAGUAAUAAUAAGAAUAGUUUUUUUUUUUUCAAUGGUCUUUUGCCUCUUGGUAUUGUCGUUGUGACCUUAGCGAUACAACUAUACUUGGCAUACAAGCGUUGAACCCCUCCUGGGAUGACCCCCCCCACCCCCCAACUUCUCCUGGGCCAUUGAAUCGAAUGGCUACAUGUAGAAGUUGCCCAUGAGAUGCAGGUGGACUUCUCAUCUUACCCUACCCCCAAUCCAAGCCUCAACCAUUGAGAGUUAAAAUGCAUAGAUGACCUUAAGUUCAACUUAAAGUAAUACUACACAUAUUAAUGUUUUUGUGAGCAGCUGAUAAAGUUGCUAUCUCAAUGCAUUUCCUGCAGAUCGAAUAAUUAAGAGCUGGCCUCCUGACAACACAUGAACCAUCUGCCUUCAUUCUGUUAUUGUAAGUCAUUCACAUUGGCUGUUCAAACGUUCCUUGUGAAAAUCUUGUAGUGAUCGUGACAUUAAAUGUUUGGUCGCCGCUGCUUUCACUCA